GCUUUUCAUUAAAGUUGCGCUGCUCGAUACACGCUGGAUCCUCGGUGCCAUCGCUAAACUCAGUAUGCAGGACCUUGGUUUAAUAUUUCUGUUCCUAUUAUUGGUAAACGUGGUGUCUGGCGUUGAGACAGAAGUUGUGGAGUCAGUGUCUGUGAUUGUGGGAGAUUCUGUCACUCUACAGACAGAAGUGACUCAGAUACAGAGCCCUGGUUUGAUUGAGUGGAGGUUUGAAGGAUAUCUCAUUGCUAGAGUCGACAGUGACUCCAAUAAGAGAGUACAGGCUAAAGUUACUGAGGAAUUCAGAGACAAACUGCAGCUGGACAAUCAGACUGGAGAUCUCAAGAUCAGAAACAUCAGAACUGCAGACUCUGGACUUUAUGAACUUGAUAUCAACAGUGCCAGAGGGUCAUCAAAAAAGUCCUUCAAUAUCAGCGGUGUGCUUGAUUCGGCAUCAGAUGGCAUGAACGUUGUGUCGGUGAUGGAGAGAGACUCUGUCAUUCUACCCUCAGGUCUAUCUAAAAUACAGAGAGAAGAUCAGAUAACCUGGAUGUUUAAAGGCACGCUCAUAGCUGUAAUAAAUACAACAGCUGGAAUCUUCUCUACAUAUGAUGAUGUUCUUGAUGAGAGAUUCAGAUACAGACUGCAUCUGAACCAUCAGACUGGAUCGCUCAUCAUUACUAACGUCAAACCCAAAAUCUCUGGACUUUAUGAAAUCAACAUCAGCAAGAACAGCAGCAGAUACACCACGCACAAGACAUUCAAUGUGACAUCUAUUGAAGGAGAGAACAGGGUGUCUGCGAUGGAGGGGAAUUCUGUCACGCUACAAUCUGGUGUUUCUGAAAUACACAGAGACGACGUGAUCAUAUGGAGGUCUGAGCAUGGAGACUCUAUCAUAGCAAAAAUCGAUAGAGGGAAGGUCUUCACCACGCUGGAUGGAGCUGAUGGGAGAUACAGAGGCACACUGGAGCUGGACAGUAAGACCGGAUCUCUGACCAUCAGGCACAUCAGAACUGAACACGCUGGACUUUAUCACCUGGAUAUCACCGGCAACCGGCGCACAAUAUUCAAGAGAUUCUUUAUUUCUGUCUGUUCAUAGAAUUGGUUUCGAUAUGUUAUGGUCGUAAUUGUUAUUGCUGUUUUGCUGUUGGUCGUGAUUGGAGCUGUUGUUGUGAUUCGUCGUCGUCAAACACAAAAUGCUAACUGCUCUGUAAUAUGAGAGCGUUGUUUUGAUCGAGUGCCAUGAUCAGAUGUCUGUCUAAUUCCACUAAAGGAGGAAAUGAAAUCCAGCUAAAAACAUGCACCAACAUUAACCAGCUUUUGUAGCAUGACCUUUUCAAAAGGAAUAAUUUAAUUAAUUAAAAUAAUGUUGUUUUGAUGUCCAUAUUGAUCAAUAUUCAAGCCCUAAUGCUUUGUGUUUUUAUUAGUUUUUCCUGACAAGAGAAUGUUACUGUACUCUACAAUUUCCACACACAUUUAUAUGUAGUAUUAAAUAGAACAUGGUGCUAGCAACAUAAAUGAAAACUGAAUGCAAGCAGAGUCAUUUUGUGCUAUCUCUUAAUUACUUUUAGCUCUUUUUCACGACCAAGUAAAAAAGGGCCUUAAAAUCAAGCAGGUUUUUGGAAAGUCUUUGUUUGUUGUGAA